GGAAGGGAGGCAAGGAGGGAAAGAGAAGAAAGAAGCAAGGCGCGAGUCGCUCUCUCCUUCAAUGCUCAAUUUUCGACGAGGCCGAGGAAGAGGCGCCGCAGCAGCUGGCGGGAGAUCACACAAAGAUCAUGAGUCAAAGGGCAACCCGCUGUCAUCCUUCCAGCGACAGGCGCAAGAACGGCUCAAGGGAGGCAGGUUCCGCCACCUGAAUGAGAAGCUCUACACAGACUCGUCGGCCGAGAGCUUCAUGGCGUUCCAGCAAGAUCCAUCGCUCUUCGACAAGGUGCUUUCGAUGAGAGAUGCGACGGCAAUUCAUUCAUUGACUCAUUGUGUUUGCGGCGUCCGCUCAUUCAUUAUGUGUGUCAGUAUCACGAUGGCUAUCGUCGGCAGGUGCUCCAGUGGCCAAUCAAUCCCCUCGACAAGAUGAUGGAAUACGUUCGCAAACUCCCCGCACAUUACACGUGAGGCACAGGGAAAGCGGCGAGUGACCACUCGUUGUGUGCUCGAUGUGUGUGUGUGUGUGUGUGUGUGCGUGUGGCCUGAUCAGUGUGGGUGAUUUCGGCUGCGGAGAGGCGAAGAUCGCACAAACCUUUCCGGACAGGCAGGUGCAUGGCAAGAGAGGAGCAUCCAUCACGUGCAUUGAUCUGUCCCCUGUAUGCUGGCAGAUCCAUCCAUUCGUUUGAUCUCGUGGCGGCCAACCCACACAUUACUGCCUGCAACAUCGCCCACGUGCCUCUCGCUGACGGCUCCCUGGAUGUUGCGAUUUUCUGCCUGAGUCUGAUGGGCUCCGACUGGCCGUCGUUCAUCAGAGAGGCCUACCGCUGCCUCAAAGACAAGUGAGGGAAAGCAAAGCACCGAAAGACCUUGAGCGAUGAGCAUGCUGCCGUUCGUCUGUGUCGGUGGGUGUGCCUACCAGGGGUGUCUUGCGCAUCGCUGAAGUGCUCUCUCGUUUCCAAGAUGUGGACAAAUUUGUCGAGAGCAUCGAGACCAUCGGAUUCAGAUGCACACACAGGGUGGGUGGGUGCGCCAACAGCGAAGAGAUGAUGCACAGUGACAAUUGCCUGACUUGUUUUGCGUGUCUGUCUGCAGGAGGUGCUGAAUUCCUUCUUCAUCCUGCUGGCUUUCCGCAAAGCGUCGACAGACAGGCGACUUCCCCAACACUCCGCCAAGGGUCAGCAGUCGGCCACCAAGAGCAAGAAAAAGAGAAAACAACACCAGCAGCAGCGGAGUGAGAGCACUGACGGCCAUGAGGACAAGCGACUCAGGAUAAUGCAGAGGCUGAUUGGCAAGAAAAGGAGUGUUCCUGAUGAUGUGGCAGCUGCUGGCGAGUCAGCAGCAGAGAGGGGCAGUAGUAGGGUCAGCAAAAAGAGGAAAGUGGUGGGGGUGAGUGAGUCACAGGGCGUGGACGCUUCUCUUCUAGGGCACUGUAAGUACAAGAAACGCUGAAUGGGUGUCUUUUAGUGAGGCCUGAGUGAGUGGG